AGAGGUGAGUGCAUAAAGUAUGCGGUCGUGUAGGACAUGCAUAACCCCGUGUAUGUGCACGGCUUGCAUUGAUGGGGGUGGGUCACGGCAUGGGAUGGAAGUUGUCAGUGGGAGGUGCAUGGGGCCGUGGUCUCUGUGUUGUCCGCUGUGUUGUUUCCGCCACCCGGGAGUGUAAAGUCAACAACCAGAAGCGUGUUGAGACAAGUGCGGGUCAUGCGUUAUACAGCCAGGGGGCUUUACCCCUCUCCUCUGCGUGGAGAUGGGGUAAUAGGUGACCUACGCACGUUAUAUAUAUGCAACUUGCGUGCUAUCCACAGCUCAUUUUUUAUAUCUUGGGCCACGGUCAUACAUUUGCUGAUUUAUUUGUAGACCAAAAGCUCGCGUCUGUGUAUUGUACACCCGUCUGACUGAAAACAAGUCAGUCUUGGUUGAACAUUGCAAACCUAUGUGGUAUCUCAAGUCGCAUCGCAAGAGGUGGCUAAGUGUUACAUUGUCAGCCCUUUGUUAAUCGAAUUCUGUAUGAAGGCCUCCCACCCCACGUUGAUCGUCGUGGUGGUUGUUUGGCCAUAAUUCAUUGCCGUCCAACUGCUAGUUGUUAUAUAGGCAGGUCUUUGACGUUUAAAAUCUUUUCGCAAUUAAGUGGACGUUAUUGUGAAUUGGAGAGCGUACAGUGAAGAGCGUAGUUCUACGACUGAAGACCACUGAGCAGCAUCAGGUAAGUGCUCUUGUGAGCUUUCAAAAUGCUUACAUAAACACGUCCUGCUUUUCUAACAAACCGCGUCUACUCUGCAUAUCUAUCAGCUGCGCAGUGCUCGGGUUAACUUAGGUACCUCUCAUCCAAUGUUCAUUAACAGUCCAGUGGGUCGGCAACGUGCGGAUAUUUAAGGACUGCUUCGUGCCGUUAAUAAUUAUUAUUAAGGACCAAACCGUCUCGUAUUCACAUGCAUUGCGGAUUUUGACAUGCCGAGGUUGUUAUUUUUUACCGAAUUCCCCCCAAAAAUGUCCUUAUUUUGGUUGCCGAACCCUGAUUAAACCUAGGCUUUAGCUCUUAAAACUGAGUGCGCAGAUGGCCAAGCUGUACAUAGAAUGGGUUUUAAUUUUGUUUUACAGCUGUUAAUUCACGGCUGGAUGAAGACCUCCCCCACGCAGUGUCGAUCGUGGGAGUUGCUAGACCAUACUUCACCACGCUGGUCAGUGAAGGUGCGUAAAGAGGGUGCCGGAGGGGAGCGGGACCGGUUGAGAUAUCGGUCGCCACUGGUGUCUACCGUGACCGGGAGUCGAACUCAGGUCCGAGUCUACCGCACCACCGCUUCAGCCGACACAGGCGGUGUUCGGCAUACGCCAACCAAGCAGUCACGGAUUUGUGAAAACUCGGGGUACAUCACAUUUAAUCUUAAAUCAUAAUCAACAUAAGGCAAAUUUACAUCUCUCUUCUUUACACCUUUUAAUUACAUCUCUCAUGUCGCUACAUCCAUAUCCCUUUACACAUCUUCCGUCAUCUCACGUGGAAUCUAUCAAUUAAAGGCUGGGGGCUCCUAAUCUAUUUUUUCUCUUCGGUCACGACCACCACUGCAUGUCAACGGAGCAUGCAUAUUAAUAUAGUUGGCAUAUCAAUAUAGCAGGCACAUAAAUAUAGCAGGCACUUAAAUAUAACAGGCACAUAAAUAUAGCAGGCAUACCAAUUUAGUAGGCAUAUCAACAUAGACAUCAAUUUAACAGGCAUAUCAAUGUAGAAGGCAUAUCAACAUAGCAAACAACAAUUUUGCAGGCAUAUCAAUAUAGCAGGCACAUAUGCACCAGUAGACAAGCACACAUACCACAGCAGUUAUGGGCGCCACAAGUGAAUCGACCGCACACCUCGUCCUGGAGUCCCCUUCGUACCCGGAGCGGCUGCUAGAAGGACUGAGGUCAUGCAGAGGGCAGGGAUGGAUGUGCGAUGCCCUGCUCAUGGCCAGAGGAGUCUCCUUCCCGGCGCACAGACUCGUGCUGGCUUCAGCGAGCUCCUACUGCAGGUCCUUCUUCUCUCGGCCACCAACACUCAAUGAUGUCUCGUCUUAUAUUAGGAAGUCUUCAUCAUCAUCAUCAUAUUCGUCAUCUAUCAAUUCAUCUAUUCAUAGUUCAUCGUCACAAACAUCAGCACCAUCACAAGCAUCAACUACACUCCCAUCAUCACCAUCACCAACAACAACACUUCUACAACCACCACCAUCACCGAUAAACAACGAGCAGAUCACCAUCAUGGAAAUCCACGGUGUGACUCCGGUGGGUCUGGAGCGAGUCCUGGACUUCAUCUACUCUGGCCGCAUGCGUCUGAGCAUGGACGAGAUGGAGGACAUCCUCACCGCCUCCAACUCGCUGCUCAUGCGCGACGCCGUCAAGCUGUGCCUCCAGUACCUGGGCGCGAACCUGCGCCGGGACAACUGCGCGGCCGUGCUGGCCCUGGCGCACAGGUUCGGCGCCUCGGAGCUGAGGCGCCGGGCGGUGCGACUGGUGGCGCGGAACCUUCGCGGCGCGAUGGAGUGCGGCCGGAGUCGCGCUCACCUGCUCCGGGUGGACGUGCGCACCAUGCAGGAGCUGCUCGCGCACGGCGGGGGCUGUGGCGCCUCCGAGACGGAGCUCCUCCACAUGGCCACCGCGUGGCUCCGCGCGGAGCCUGACGUGUCCUCAACAUCAUCUUCUUCAUCGUCCUCCUCCUCCUCAACAUCAUCAUCCUCCUCCUCCUCCUCAACUUCGUCGUCAUCGUCCCCAUCCAGGAUGGAGAUCCACGCUGCCGACCUCCUGGACUGUGUGCGCUUCGCCCUGGUGGCUCCAAGCGAAUUGAGGGAACUCCUCUCGCGAGUGCCGGCGAUGAGCCGCGACACGCGCUGCCGCGACCACCUGCAGGAGGCCCUGCGCUACCACGGGCGCCCCUACGCGCAGCCGCUGCUGCAGAGCCCCUCGACCAGUCCCCGGGGGGCCCGCCUCAACGUUCUGGCGCUUGGAGGUCGCUCCGGAGACAAUGGGGUGCGCGGCGAGGUUUGGGCUUCGCAGGUGCAGGAGGAGAUCGUGGAUGAUGAUGAUGAUGGUGGUGGUGAUGAUGAUGAUGGUGGAGGUGGUGGUGGUGAUGGAGGAGCUGGUGGCUUGCGGGGUGGACACCGCAGGGCCACGUGGCGCAAACUGUGCGACACGCCGGUGCCGGUCUACAACCACUGCGCCGUGCCACUGGGGGGGUUCGUGUUCGUCCUUGGAGGGCAACAUCGAUUCGACCCCCAAGGAACGUCCGCCACAAAUCAGGUAUUCCGCCUGGACCCGCGCUCGUGUUCCUGGCUCGAGGUGGCGCCAAUGCGGGAGCGCCGCACGCGCUUCGUGGCAUGCGCCCUCAACGGCACCAUCCUCGCCGUGGCCGGCAGGAACCUCCUGGGCGAAGCGAGCAGCUCGGCCGAGCGCUACAGCCCGGCCACCAACGCCUGGGAGGCCCUGAGGCCCCUGGCCUGGCCCCUGGCGGACCACGCCGGCGCCCUGCACAGGGGGACGCUCUUCGUGUCGGGCGGCUACUCUGGGGGUCGGGUCCUGGGGGAUGUGACCAGCUACAUCCCUCGCUUGGGCCAGUGGCUGGGCCACCGGCCGCUCUGCCGUCCGCGUUGUGAGCACGCCAUGGCCUCCACCGGCGAGCUCGUCUACUGCCUGGGCGGACGGGCCCUCGACGAGGCGGGCACGUGGGUCAGCGUGCUGGAGGUGGAGUCCUACUCCGCGGGCAGCGACCAGUGGAGCGUGCUGCAAGCUCCGCGCCUCGAGCGCUGCCAGUUCGGCGCGGCCGUCACGCGGCCCGGCCGCGUCCUCGUGCUGGGUGGCGGCUCCCUGACGGGGUUGCGCAAGGAGGCCUCCGUGGUGGCGCUCGACGGACUGAGGACAGGGAGAGGAGAAGAGGAGGAAGAGGAACGGGCGGCGGCCGUGGUGCAAGCGGAGGAGCCGCUGCCGCUGCCUCUGGUGGACCACGCGUGCUGCCUGGUGGAGUUGGCGCCAGGCCAUCGCGACCGGUUCGCCGGUGGACCGAUGAAAGAUCGCAACGCUGCUCUUUUAAACGGGGAUGAAUGAUAAGGUGCGUUGAAAGUUACAUUUCUCAAA